AUGAAGAUGGACCCGACGGCGUUCCGGGCGCAGCUGUUGAUGAAUUUUCGGGUGCGCUUGGGACCGGGGGAGCUAGGCGCGGUGUUUACCGCCUUCGACAAGGACAACAGCAAGCUCAUUGACGGAACAGAGACCUUCACCCUUGCUGCCGACACGUACACGCGCGAACACGCACGAACGAAGCUGAUGCACGAAUUCUUUCGGAUGGGAAGAGAGGAAAGGGCCAAAAACCUGGCUGAAGCAGAGCGACAAAGACAUCGCGCGGAUACAAAGGAGAAAAACUUUCGCCGAAGGCUGGAAGACCGCUUCAUCGAGCAGACCGCCGCAAAGGUCGAAUGGCCUCGUCUGAUGUACGACCCGUUCGAUGAGGACUACAACAUGGACGACCACGACCCGGCAACUUCCGUCAGGUCGACAAGUCUGAGCAAGUCCGUCGGUGACAACAAGUCUCGAGGGAGCAGUAACAACGACAACAACAACGAGACGGGAGACGUGUCCAGGGAACCGUCCGCAAGACGACGCAGGCGGCCCAAGAUAAGCGCCAGCACCGCGGAGUUUCUAGCUCAGAUCAGAAAGGAGGAGAUGACGAUCCGCGCCAUGACCUGUCGCGGGCGACGACGAAAGAACGGCGACAGCAACCGCCACAACGGCGGUGGUGACGAUUCCUGCGACCUUUUUUCCUACCCUGGAGGCCCACGGACAGCCACCGCAGCAGGCCUGCCUUCAACGUCGCCAGCCCGACCCAUGACUUCGUCGCUGAAGGGCAGUAUCAACAACAGCGACCCGAACCGCAACAUUCACACUAGGGCUGAAACAGCGGCGGCACGAGCACCUGGUCGCAGACGCGAGGUUAACCCCGAACAACGCGACAGCGAAGAGGAAGCAGUGGGUGCGUCCUCUGCGGCGACCGAUGAUGCGGAGGAGCUCGCGUUACCGCCGUCCCGCCGGAACCCAAGAGCCCUUGGCCACAGUGCCAGCUUCUCCACCGACGACGGGAGGGUUUCGACGGCGACGAGCGUUUCGACGGCACGCGGGUCCACUGCCCGUAGCAGCAGGGAUGGCGGAUCUCGGUCGUCCUCGGUCACGGCAAGCGGCAGAGGCUUUGAGCCGAACUUCGGACAGACGAUCUUCGAGCACGGCGGGGUGGUGGAGGGGGUUGGUGUAUUGUAGUCCGGCAGUAUCGGGUCCGGUAGAAGUCAGGUGCCGGCUAGUUGGGGAUCGCCGGUAUGUACUGUGGGGUUGCGUCACCGUCUUUGAUCCGGAAUAGUGGCGUUUCCCCAGUGCAGCGAGGUCGCGGUGACCUCCACGAGUAAGUUGAAUAUUGAGCCUCGAGCUUUGAAGAUGAAGCAUAGAGUAUGAAGAGGGCACAAGCUCACAUUGUA